AUGGCGACCGCAGCUGCCCCCGAAUCCUCCCUCCUCUCGCUCCUCUACCGGUCCUACCCGGCCGCCAUCUCUCCCGAUGCCACCGAGCCCGAUUACCUCCACGCCUCGCCCAAGAUCUUCCCCACGGUGAACUUUGGCGAGGCUGAUGACGCAGAGAUCAAGCACUGGCUGAACGCUGUUUCUGGCCUCAAGGCUGCCCAGGCCACGAAUGACCAGGCUGUGAUUGGCAACAUCCUGGCCCAAGUGAACACCCACCUGGCAUCGCGCACCACCCUGCUCGGUGCGAAGCCCUCGGUCGCCGAUAUUGCAGUCUAUGCCCUCCUGGCUCCCAUGGUCGAGAAGUGGUCGCCUGAGGAGCGCACCGGAGAGAAGGGCUACCACCACAUCGUGCGCCAUGUCGACUUUGUGCAGAACUCGAAUCUCUUCUCGCUGCAGAUCCCCGAGGAGGAGAAAGUCGCCAUCGACGUGAACGAUGUCAAGUUCGUGCCCAAGCCCAUCGAUCCCAAGGAGGAGAAGGAGCGCAAGAAGCGCGAGAAGACCAAUGCCCUGAACCCCGAUGCUACUGCCGAGAAGCCUCUUGUCGUUGGCAAGGGCAAGCCCGAGAACCCUGCAGAGGCGGCGGCUGAGGCCGCCGCCGGUCCCCCCAAGACCAACAAGAAGGAAAAGAAGGAGAAGAAAGAGAAGCAGCCCAAGCAGCCCAAGGCCCCAGCCGCCCCCGCCGCUGCUCCUUCGCCCUCCAUCAUUGACCUGCGCGUUGGCCACAUCCUGCGCGCCAUCAACCACCCCAACGCCGACUCUCUCUACGUUUCCACCAUCGACUGUGGCGACGCCCCGGGCUCCGAAAACACCUCCCUGGAUGAGGAGACCGGCAAAACCGUGCGCACCGUGUGCUCCGGUCUUAAUGGCUUGGUUCCCCUGGAGGAGAUGCAGGGUCGCAAGAUCGUCGCCGUGUGCAACCUGAAGCCCGUGACUAUGCGUGGCAUCAAGUCCGCCGCCAUGGUUCUGGCUGCUUCUCCCCGCGUUGCCGAGGGUGAGGACUCCCACGCUGGCCCCGUCGAGCUCGUCAACCCCCCUGCCGAUGCCCCCGCUGGUGAGCGCAUCACCUUCCAGGGCUGGUCCGAGGGCGAGCCUGAGAAGCAGCUGAACCCCAAGAAGAAGGUCUGGGAGACCUUCCAGCCUGGUUUCACCACUACCGAUGAGCUUGAGGUUGCCUUCGACAGCAGCGCUGUCCCUGUUGCCAAGGAGCAGGAGGGUAAGCCUGCCAUUGGCAAGCUUGUCACCGCUUCCGGGGUUGUGUGCACUGUCAAGAGCUUGAAGAAUGCUACUGUGCGGUAA